CGUAGCACUAAUGCUCCAUCACUUCUUUUUUGAGCAGUAGAGCUGUCUGCCAAAAUGUAUAAAGCCCGAAGCAAAGUCGUCUCAGUAGAACAUACAGAAGCCAUUACAUUCAGUGUUUCCCCCCAGUCUUAUCUACCCUCUACUUGUUCAGUCAUAUCGAUCAAUUCGAAGACAAAACUGCCCAUCAUGUCCGACAACAUCACCAUCAUCAUCAAAAACAAGUCCGACCAAGUCGAGCAAUUCAUGAUCUUCAACGACAAGCCCGCCUACUCCAAGGAAGUCGGCGAAGCCUGGACCAAUGUCUGGGGCACCUCGCCCGGCAUCGGCGCCCAGCACGGCAGCGGUCGAUUCGGCAUCCAAGAGACAUUCUAUGCUGUCUGUGGCAUGGAACCCAAGGCCCUUGCCAAGGACCUGGUCGUGUCGACGUCCGACUAUGAAGACGUCAAGCUCGGCGUUGGCGAACAGAAGGGAACCGAUUGCUUGUUGGAGAUUGUGGACGGGGGCGCCGUGUUCAACCAGAGCAAGGUGGGCACCUUGGACAAGAACGGAUCCUUUGGUAUCAGGACGGAUAAAUAUGAUCUGACAAAGUACAAAAAUGCUUUCUGUGGCUUGGGCAUGAAAUCUCCGGUACCCAACAUUGAAGAUGUGGUUCCCGUCUCGGUGUGGCAGGCGAAGCCAAACCAGGCUUACCAGAUCACGCCAAAGAGGAUCUACUACAUCUCGACUGGUGACUACAAGGCAGGCCGCAUUGUCAACGUUGCCGAGUUUGGAAAGGUUUGCACUAUUGACUUUACCGGGCGAAAAGAGACUAUUGCGACCGUCAUCUACAACAAUGAUCUUGACUACGAGAAGGUUGAGUAUUCUUUCGAUUCUUGAAGAGUGCUGCAUUUUAUCAAAGUGUGGAGGGCCAAGGCUAGGAACAUAUGUUCGGUCCUUUCUGUCUCUUUUGUACUUUGGAUCGACAGCACUCAGACAUUUGACGAGGAAUGGCAUUGUAAUCUAUUGUCUAUCAAUUGAGAAAGUUGUUCCUAGUGAACUCUAUAGAUCUAAUGGAGUGGCC